AUGCUGGUUCCUGUACACAGACUCCACCACUGGUGGAGUUUGCUCCUACCGGCUGUGUACAGGAUUACAGAAAUAGCCAUCACCAUCAAACUCCCUGGAGAACAACGGCAACAACAACCCGAUGUAAUCACGCAAAGAUUUACUUUCACUUACCCUUCUUUGCUCUGAGCAUCUUAAAAAAAACAAGAAUAUUAUGUUUUUGUGUUGUAGAUGUGCGACUAUACCCUCCAUAGCAGCUGGGGGUAGGCGCUCGUUCGUGUGCAAUGGAAUGAUUGGUCGAUUGAUUAACGUGAAACUGGAAAGCACAGACACAGGAAGCGUGUUGACGAUGUGUGAGUUAGAAGCAUAUGGAGGUGAGUACACCUGAGUCUGAGGACACCUGUGAUUCGAUUUGCCUGUUCUUGCCACCUAAACCAAAUCUGCUGUAUCUCUCGUAUCUGUAGAACUUGCAGCUCCUUCACCGUCCUUCAGCGCCGUGGUGUCAGGUCGAGGCGUGGAAGUGGUGGAGAAGAAGCUGUGUUGCUCCGACGCUCUUUUCUACUGCAGAGACUUUUACUGGGACCUGCUCAGCAUACGCAGCGAGGAGGAGCAAAGGGAGGUGGAGGGAGUGCUGAGGAACGUCUCCUUCCCCCUCACUGAGCAUGUUUGGUUGGGCCUGCGCAGGUACAAAGUCUGGAUGUGACAUGCAGGGUUGACUGUUGCUAGUUUGUACAUCUAGGAAACUUCAAAUGCCUUUUUUUUUUUUAAAGAUACUUGAAGGCAGACACUUGGUUUUGGAUGCCUGGAGCUACAGAAAGCUACAACAACUUUGAGACAAAACCUUCCUGGUGGAGCUCAAGUCGAUGUGGUGCCAUGAACACCAGCAACGAGUACAGCUGGUGGGAUCGCCCAUGUGAAGAACACCUCCAUUUCAUCUGUUUGAGAGGUGACGAUCCAUUGAGGUCUUUUUAUGGUCUCGUUUGGGUUAAAACUGCGAUGGCUAUAGAGAUCUAGAGUUCUAGUUGGAAUAAUGCUGACUCAGCAUCUCCAAAUUUUCAGACUUUGGUAUUUUAGACCAGAUGGAAUUAGCUUUUAACACCUCACAGGUUUAAGUGAUCAUGUAGCAAAUAGGCUGCCAUGCUAAUCAAUGCAGUAAAUAUGCUGCUCUGCACUUCAAAUUCACGUCAAUCCACACGGAUAAGAUCGUUCUAGACAGGAAGUCAAGCAAGAAAAUCGCCCAUAUCAUCCGGUAUUUCAAAAUAAAACACCAUAUGCAAACUCCCAAAACCCCUAUAUAGGCGACUACAUGGGGGUUAGCGCCAUCUUGAGGGGUGUCCGAGACCUCAGUGAUCGAUUCCAGUGCCCUAUAUAGUCGGCUCAAAAUUUCCCAUAGAGCAUUGCAAAAUGUAGUGACCAUCCGAUGGUCACUCACCGGUGGUGGGCAUCCCGUCAUGCAUUGCGUCAUGUCAUGUAGUGUCUGGAACCUCCUGUGAUUGAACUCACUACAUAAUCAGCCAUAUAGUGAAACCCCAUAUGGGGGUCAGGGGUUAGGGAGUGAGUGAUGUAUCAGUUCAUGUAGAUGAGAAAUACUUCCUGGUUAUGGAUUUAUCAGUAACACAGAACAAUCCGAACAAUCCCUGAUCCAUGUGGACCCCAACUCUGUCUGAAGGUAACAGCACAGCAGAAAGGAACAGAGUUUACUUUAUUAAACACGAGUAAAUCUGCAAAAACUGAAACUGUAAAAUCCCGUUGUAUCCAAAUUAUAUCCAAAUUAGCAGGAAAUAGACCACAGAGAGGCAAAACAACCUGUUGUGAGCCUGUUGUUUCCUCUAUACUGAGCAAAUACGGAUCCUGUAUGUUUUCGGCUCCUGUGAGGAACUUUCUGUUUCGGUUGAUUUCACCACUCGCUUAGAAAUUACAAAAAAGCAUUAAUAUGAGUGUCAGUCAGUUUCACAGGAGCUUUAAUGUGUUGUAAAUUUUUGUGGUGAUAUAACUCAACAGUGUUCUCAAUACAGUACAUGCAAACUUCUACCCUCUUCUACCCUCUUUUUUUGUCUUUACAGAUAUUCAGCCAAACAAGAAAAGAGUGGAGUUUUACAGCAGCGCAAGACCUUAA